AUGAUUAUUGUGGCAGAUGUUUGUGUAUACAGAGAGAGAUGUGACCAUCGUGAAUCCUCUGGGGAGUCUCAACAACAUCAUGAUGCUGAAGAGGCAGAGAAGAGUCUCUCCAGAUCAGAACACCUCAAGAAACACCAUCAGAGACACACAGGAAAGAAACCACACUGCUGCUCUGACUGUGGGAAACGUUUCAAAUCUUCAUCAGAACUUAAAAAUCACCAGCGGGUACACACAGGGGAGAAGCCUUAUAGCUGUAAUCAAUGUGGGAAGAGUUUUACUCAUUCAAGUAAUCUGAAAACACACCAGAGAACACACACAAGAGAUAAGCCUUACAGCUGUGAACAGUGUGGCAAGAGUUUUACUCAGGCAAGCAACCUGGUAUCACACCAGAGAACACACACAGGAGAGCAGCCAUACAGAUGUGAUCAGUGUGGCAAGAGUUUUACUCAGUCAAGCAACCUGGUAUCACACCAGAGAAUACACACAGGAGAGCAGCCGUAUAGCUGUGAGCAAUGUGGGAAAAACUUUUCUCGGGGAGAACGCCUUAAAGAGCACCAGAGAACACACACAGGGGAGAAGCCUUAUAUCUGUGACCAGUGUGGCAAGAGUUUUACUCAGUCACGCAACCUGCUAUUACACCAGAGAACACACACAGGAGAGCAGCCAUAUAGCUGUGAGCAAUGUGGCAAGAGUUUUACUCAGUCAAGCAACCUGGUAUCACACCAGAGAACACACACAGGAGAGCAGCUGUGA